AUUAGUGGUCUCUGGAGCUUCAUGGAAACAAACACACUUUAGGCCUACUGCAAGUUCAUUUCUUUGUCACUUUCUACCAGACAAUUUUAACUUGCUCAUGCUUGCUAUCUGUGAUCUGGAUAAAUUGAGUGAAAAAAUGUUUUUUCUGGAAGUAAUGUCCUUGGGCCCUGCAAGUCUGGUAAAGUUUGCUAAAUAUUGUGAAAUCUAGGCUACUUCCUGGGAAUGUCUUUUUUUGUCUUUCUCUUUUAGUGAGAGGUGUGUCUACUUGUGAAAUAUUUGUUUGUUGUGUAACCCAUACCUAACUGACAUUAUAGACCUAUGCCCAGCGCUUCUAAAAGAGAAAGAAACAAUGUUAAACCAAAGCAGGAUCCUUAUAAAAGGAGGGAAAAUUGUGAACGAGGAUUGCUCCAUUAUCAGCGAUGUCUACGUUGAAGACGGAAGAAUUAAAGAAGUCGGAUUAAACCUCCAAAUCCCGGCUGGAGUUACCGUUAUAGAUGCCACCGAUAAACUGGUGAUACCGGGUGGUAUCGAUACCCAUACCCACAUGGAGUUGGAAUUUAUGGGCACCAAAGCAGUAGAUGAUUUCCAUAUUGGAACUAAGGCUGCCCUGGCAGGAGGGACCACCAUGAUCCUAGACUUUGUGAUCCCCCAGAGAGGCACGUCCCUGCUGGAGGCCUAUGAUAGGUGGAGGGACACGGCUGACGCCAAGGUCUGCUGCGACUACUCCCUCCAUGUGGCAGUCACAUGGUGGAGCGACAAGGUCAAAAAGGAAAUGGAGACUUUGACCAAAGAGAAAGGUGUCAACUCCUUCAAGAUGUUCAUGGCAUACAAGGAUGUGUUCAUGCUUCAAGACCAUGAGCUGUAUGCUGCGUUUUCCCAAUGCAAAGAGAUUGGAGCUAUAGCCCAGGUGCACGCAGAGAAUGGAGACCUUAUUGCAGAGGGGGCUAAGAAGAUGCUGUCCCUGGGCAUCACAGGUCCGGAGGGUCAUGAGUUGUGUCGUCCUGAAGAGGUGGAGGCUGAGGCCACCCAGAGAGCCAUCACCAUCGCCCACGCUGUCAACUGCCCGCUCUAUGUUGUCCACGUCAUGAGCAAGUCUGCCGCUAAGGUGGUGUCCAACGCACGCAGAAAUGCACCCCNGGUGUUUGGAGAGCCCAUAGCAGCAGGACUGGGUACAGAUGGCACCCACUGCUGGCACAAAGACUGGGCCCACGCUGCCAAGUUCGUCAUGGGCCCACCUCUGAGGCCCGACCCCAGCACCCCGGGAUACCUUAUGGACCUAUUGGCAAAUGAUGACCUCAGCGUGACUGGGACAGACAACUGCACAUUCUCUGUGUGUCAGAAGGCCCUGGGCAAAGACGACUUUACAAAGAUCCCCAACGGAGUCAACGGAGUGGAGGACAGGAUGUCUGUCAUUUGGGAGAAGGGCGUUCACAGCGGGAAAAUGGACGAGAAUCGAUUUGUAGCUGUCACCAGCAGCAAUGCAGCGAGAAUCUUCAACUUCUACCAGAAGGGAAAGAUCGCUAAGGGAUGUGACGCUGAUGUGGUCAUAUGGGACGCUAAGGCAACCAGGAAGAUCUCUGCAGCUACGCACCACCAGGCUGUGGAUUACAACAUCUUUGAGGGCAUGGAAUGCCACGGUGUUCCCGUGGUGACCAUCUCCAGAGGGAAGGUGGUCUAUGAGAGAGGUCAGCUGAAGACCCAGCCAGGACAGGGCCGCUUCGUCCCCAGACAGCCCUACGCGGAGUUCAUCUACAAACGAGUCAACCAGAGGGAACAGGUGGGACAGCCUAGUCCUGUAAUCAGGAAGCCUUAUGAUGGUGAAAUCAUCGCCAUAUAAAGGAAUGGAACUCUUCAUGAAAGAGACUGUUUAGCUCAGGAUCUACAUGCAAAAUGUUCUGUGAAUUUUGUUAUGCUGGACCAAGAUAAAAUGCAUGUUUGUUUGAAUGCAGAUGCCAGUCAAUGUUUUGAUUCUGAUGAUAUUAUGUUGCCAAACUAUUUAGUACAAUUUAUACAAUUGCAUAACAUGUAUUAUGUUAUUACUAUGUGAAAUAAACACUUGCAUCGUUAUAUUUGARGAUGAUGGUGAUGAUGAUGCCCAUUUAAA